AUGUCUACUACGGUACCACCCCCACCUUACGAGGAGCACAACUCUGGCCAGGCUGCUGUUGGACAGGCUGCAGUGGACCCCUUGCUCGAUGACUUCAACUACUCGACGAAGGUUGCGUUCUGCGACGCGCCUGUCAGGAGGCACUUCACACGGAAGGUGUACACGGUUCUGUCGACGCAGCUGCUGAUAACGUUCACUUGGUCGCUGUUUGUGAGCAAGUACCGUGUUUUGCAACGGUUCGUGCUGGACCACAUGUGGCUGUGGUGGACUGCACUUGCCGUGUCCUUCGUGACCUGUCUGUGGAUCUCGCUGUCUCCUAGAGGUGAGGACUGGGAUGCGAAGAACGAGGAGCAAGAGCCCGCGUGGGCACGCAGGGAGCAGCGGCCAUGGUACAUCCUUACGAAAUCCCGGCAGUUUGCCCUGCUGAUGGUGUUCACCUUCACGGAGGCGUAUACACUUGGUGUCGUCUGCCUGACGUACGAUUCUGGGACCGUGCUGAGCGCGCUGCUGAUUACCACGGUUGUUGUUGUCGGUGUGUCAGCGGUAGCCAUCUCGGGAAGGUUCCAGAUUGCUCUUGAGUCGAUGGGGUCAGUGUACUAUUGGUUGAACUGGGCACUGUGGCUGAUCAUUGGGAUCGGGUUCUCGUCACUGUUCUUUGGCAUCUCAGGGAAGUGGGACCUGCUCUACGGGUGGCUCGGAGCGAUCGUCUUCACCGUGUACUUGUUUGUCGACACACAGCUUGUGUUCAGGAAAGUGUACGUCGAUGAGGAGAUAAAGUGUGCGAUGAUGUUGUACUUGGACAUCAUCAACCUUUUCCUGUCCAUCUUGAGAAUCCUAUCGCACAACGACGACAACUGA